GAUGAACCUCUGGCAAUUAUCUCCCUGGACAAUGCCGCCAAGACCCAAAGAAACACCUUUGCCAUGAGUCAAGGAAACGGAGAUCCCAAAAUGUCUUCAUCCAUUCCCAACCCCCCGAUCGGCACUCGGUCUCGUCGUCCCAACGGCGCGCUUGAAGACUUCCUGGACAACAAUCCGGAUCUCGAGCUGGGAGGCUCCAAAGGCUUCAUCACCGAGCGUGCUCACCACCAGAAAAUCUUUGGUAUUCACAAUCUGAAGAAGGGCGUAAAUGUCAUCGGCAGUGUCGAGUUUACGGCGAUCCGGGGCCCGCACGGCACGAUUCCCAUCCGGAUUCUGUAUCCCGAGUCAGCCGAAGACUGGAGAGACAGAGGCGAGGCAGGUGCACUAAUCUAUUGCCAUGGGGGUGGAUACACCGUAGGAAGCGUGGAUGAGUUCGAAAAUGGUUUAAGGCUGGUGGCAGAGAGGUCUGGCUGCCAGGUCUAUUGUUUCGACUAUCGCCCUGCCCCCGAGUUUCGAUAUCCUGUUCAACUGGAUGAGUAUGACGCUGUGAUCGACUGGGUUCAGAGCGAGGAGGGCAGGAAUCGAGGCGUGCGUGCCGAUCGUGUUGCUGGCGGCGGUGACUCGUCUGGAGGCAACCUGACUGCUGCAGUUUGUUUACGGCGCCGAGACAAGGGCAAGAAGCCCCUCUGUGCCCAGAUUCUGGUCUACCCGACGGCUCGCCUUCCAUUUGACACCCUGGCAGCAAAGGAGAAUAGCUCGGGCUAUUACUUGCACACCAAUGGUAUCUUCAGCUUUGCGGCGCACUAUAUGCCAAGACCAUCAAAGGCGAAUGGUGAGCUGCUUUGUGAUUUCAGUGUAUUCCCGACUUUGAUGUCAGCUGACACAACGCAGGUCCUUCACCACUGGAUGCAUACAUAUCUCCCGGCUACCAACCUGCAAAAGAUUUGGCAAACCAGCCCAAGGCGGCUCAAACUGAAGGAAGCAGGUGUCGAUGUCAAGUGGGUUCAUCAUGAAGACCUAAUUCACGGGUGGCUUCAAAUGACGCCGUGGUGUCACGCUGCUGGUGAUGCAACUCGAGAACUGGGGAAGCUUGUGGGAGCGAUCGUUUACGGCUAUGAAAAGGAAUGA